AUGGCUAAACAAAGUGAUAAGGUGAUAGGUGAAAGUAAGGCUACAAAUGCAGCAAGUCAUGCUGAGAUAACUUUGUCAGCUAGUGCUAAAAGAAGGAGAAAAAGGCCUGCUGCUUGGGAUCAUUUUGCAGAAGUUGAAACUUCUGAAGCUAGAUUUUCUAUUCUUGCUGAGAUGACUUGUGAUGCAUUAGCUGUACCAAUUUUAAGUAUAGCAUCUAAAUCUGCAUUUAGUACGGAAGGACGUCUUCUAGAUUCAUUUAGGAGUUCAUUGACUCCUAAUUUAGUGCAAGCUCUAGUAUGUCUUCAAGAUUGGCUUCGAAGUAAAAAAUUAAAACAAUCUUUUAGCGUUGAGGAAGAUCUUGAUAAUCUCGAACAGCUUGAACAAGGAGAACUGGGAAGAAUGCGCUUCCACAAGAAAAUAAAGACGAGUAGAAAGCUGUUUGAGUUUAUUUUGAUCAGUAAUGGAGUUGCAGUUGCUCUUUUAUAUGUUAGGUAG